AUGGUCGAUCUCUAUCGUCAUCUCAAUCAACCAAAAAUCGGAGCCAACAAUCAUCUCCGUUAUGAACAUUCACACACUGAAAAAUACAUUCCAACCAAAGAGGGAGGAAUCGCAAGUGGAAAUUUACAUCACAUUCAUUCAUUGGCCGAUCGAAUCUUACUCAAAGUGGUCGAGUUGUGGAGUGAAUUAGAAUCAAUGGUUCAACAUUUCAAUGUUGCUGUCGAAGAAAAUGUUCAUCAUCGAAAGCGAGAAGAAAAAAUCGUCUUGAAAUGUGAAUACUUGUUGCAAGUCAUUGAAGAUGUCUUGCAAUGUGUCUUGACGAGUGAGGAAAGAAAGACCUAUCGUGUGGUGUCUGGGCAUUAUAGUUUUAACAGAAUUAAGGAAUUGGUUGAGGAAUUGAAUGGAAUGGAUAUCAAGCAGCUGAAACAUUUGGUAGAUAAGAAUUUGGGAGGAGUUGGUGUAGCCGCGGGAAAGACUGAGUUGAAGAGUCAGGAAGUGGAAACCACUCCUUCUCAAAAUGUGACAGAGGCAAAAACUGCAAUGGAAAAUCAAGUGCCAACAUCUACGAACUUUGAGAAUAUUGAAAAGACGAAUGAGAGUGGUGUGAAUAAGGGUUAUGAAUUUGUAGACAAGUUGCAACAUGAAUUGUCCAUUUUCAAUACUGUGUUGUAA